CCGCGGCCCGCGGCCAUGCCCAAGCGGGGCUGCCCGUUCGCCGACGCCGCCCCGCUGCAGCUCAAGGUCCGCGUGGGCCCGAGGGAGCUGAGCCGCGGCGUGUGCGGCGAGCGCUACGCGCGAGAGGUCUUCGAGAGGACCAAGCAGCUCCUUUUCCGCGGGGCCCAGGCCUGCAGGGGUCACACGUGGGGCGAAGGCUGUGCCAUCGUCCACCUGCCAGAGUCUCCGCAGCCCGGCCCCACGGGGACCCCGCGGGCUACCAGAGGGCAGAUGCUGAUUGGACCCGAUGGCCGACUGAUCCGGAGCUGCGCCCAGGCUUCCGAUGCUGACGCGUCCGGGACGGCGCCCGUGGCCUGCUCCUCGUGCGUGCGAGCCGUGGACGGGAAGGCCGCGUGCAGCCAGUGCGAGCAGGCGGUGUGCCGGCAGUGCGUGCGCACCUGCUGGGGCUGUGGCGCCGUGGCCUGCGCCCUGUGUGGCCUCGCAGAGUAA